CGGCACCUCACUGAAUGGGGGACCUGAUGCAGGUCAUUCCUCCCCCGCGGCGCCAUCUUUUGCCCAUUUUCUGUUUCUUUACUGAUUGUAGGUAGCCUCUCGGGCUCUGCAGUUCAAUUGAUUCCAAAAUGCCCGCGACGCCGUCAACAUCGCGAUCGGGUCGCCACUCGCAAAGUUCAAUAGUCAGUGAUGUGAGCGCUGUAAAUGUGGUGGUGGUGGGGCCACCCGAAAUCGCAAACACCAACACCACGGGCAUCACGACCAAAACCAAAGUCAAGGCCACCGUUCUGUACGAAGACGACGCCGGCGCCGAUGGACUCGAGCCACUGGUCGAUCUCACACAAGCCAUUCCAUUGCACUCGAAAAAGACGGACCGGAAGCAAAAGAGACGCGACAAGAAAGAAGCGAAACGGGCCUCGACGGUGCCGCCCCGAGGCAUGCUCGACCUCCCCUACGAGCUCCUCUACUCCAUCAUCACCCUCGUCGAACCCAGAGAGCUGUUUGUCCUCUGCCGCGUUAACAAGUCGCUUCGGAACUUCAUCCUGUCCCAAGAACACCUCCUCACGCGCGACAUCAUAGCAUGGCGCUAUCCCGCCCUCUCCAAAUGCUUCCGUCUUCCUGUCCUGGCCCAGGAUCUCGACGAAAACGCCCGUCGCGCGCUCAACGAAGCCUAUGGCGAUGCGCUUAGCCCUAGACGAGUCAAUGCCAACUAUAAACAUGUCCAGUCUCCUGACCCGUCCCUUGUCUGCUUCUGCUACACCUGUCGUCUUCGCUGGAUUUUCCUUUGCAUCAUUGUCGACUUCGCCCACUGGCAGCAUCAUCUGGACAACGGACUACCCAUUCCCACUAUCCCUCGUGGUGCCGACCCAGACUGGAACAAGAAACUGGUCGCCGAGCACGCCCAGGUGGUUGUCAAGGCCCUUCACAGCCAGCUGUGGUACGUGAGGCUGCUGCAAGCACAUCUAAGCUCCAUCACCCGCUCCAUUCGCCGAAACACUGCCAACCAAGGCAACAGACGAUCUCGCUUUCGCAUGACGCCCUCGGACGUCGCCAGCGGCACCGACGCCUUUCUCGACCGGAGCGGCCCUCCCACAGUCGACUUUCCCUACAACCGCGACAGCUAUGACAUGCUCGAGGCAUUCAUGCCAUCACGAAGUUGGAUCAAGGAUGACGGGAAAUGGGUCUACGUUCCUGCUGAUCAGCACGAACGAGAACUUCGCCUGCUUGAGCGUCAGAGACAGGAGGCGCCGUCAUCGACUGCCGUGUCCCAAACGCCGCCUGCCGCACUUGUGCCGAGAUCCAUGAUCUUUUAAUUGUUAUCUUUGACGUUAGUCUCCGAUAGCAUCGGACAUAAGGUCGUCCAACGUCCGGUAGUCCCGAAAUAAGAUGCUGAUUGAACACAGUCUUGGCUUUGCGAUCCCAAGCCGGCCAGGGUACCCUAGGUAGGUAUCGAGAUGAUCGAUGUCUCUCUUGAUCUCAGGGACUCAGACCAGCUCGGAGCAUCUUAAGGGGCGUCAGAUGGACCCACAGAUGCGGCACGGGCGACCAAAGUGUCAAAGACCCCCCUGUUCCGCCGCGUUUUCAUUAUUAAUACAGGUUGUUUUUAGCAGGGCUUCUAGCAGACCCUAGAAGAACAGACCCGUUGCAUCGCAGGCUCACCCAUGCGUCGCGUGGCCGCCAGUGUCUCGGCAAUUCAGACAAGUGCCGUUACCGCCCUCAUCCUUGCACCCUCGA